AGCCGUUAAACAACCGGAGAGACUUCCGUCAAACUGAACAUGUCCACGGAGGAGCUGUCAGCCUCGGACAGCGAGGCUGUCCUGGCCGGCGCUGGGGAGCGUUGGGCACCGGUGGGAGCUGUGGCCAGCCCGGAGGAGGAUGAGAGCGGCGGCGGCUGCGGGAGCGGGAGCUCCGGCUCCGGCCAGCCGACACAGAGAGGCUUCUCCGGGGACAGCGAGGAGGAGAUGGCGGCCAGGCUGUGGAAGCUGGAGGAGGAGCAGGACCUGCUGAACUCCUCUCUGCUCGCCCUCACCUCGCACUUGGCCCAGGUCCAGUUCAGGCUGAAGCAGAUCGUCCACGCACAGAGCGAGGAGAAGGAGAGGAUGCUGGCCGAGCUGGAGGAGUUCGCCUUCAGGGGCUGCCCGCAUGUGGUGGGCUGCAGGGCGCAGGAUGCCAAGCAGCUGGAGAACUCGGGGGAUCUGAGUGAGAGGGAGAAGAGGGAGCGCCUCGAGGCUCAGAGGGAGAAACAGAAGGAUCUCAUCUUCCAACUGAAGACGCAGCUGGACGAUCUGGAGCGCUUCGCGUAUCAGGAGGGCAGCUACGACUCGCUGCCGCAGUCUGUCGUCAUGGAGAGGCAGAAGGUCAUCAUCGACGAGUUGAUCAAAAAGUUGGACGUGAACCUGAACGAGGACAUCGGCAACUUGUCGCCCGAGGAGCUGAGGCAGAGAGUGGACGCUGCCAUUGCUCAGAUCGUGAACCCAGCCCGGGUCAAAGAGCAGCUGGUGGAUCAGCUCAAAACUCAGAUCAGAGACCUGGAGAUGUUCAUCAACUUCAUCCAGGACGAGGUUGGAAACCCGCUCUUAUCGGAUGGUGCACACAGCCAGCAGCCACAAGCAUCAGGGACCAACGCCAGAGCUCCAGGAGUGAAGAAGAAAGUUGAUCCAGAGCAGGCCCAGAAGAUGCGAGACACCGGCCUGCAGCUGAUCCAGAAGGCCCUCGCCGUGCUGCAGAUCUUCGCUGCGAGCCAGUUCGGCUGCGCGCCGGGCCACGUCCCUCAGAGCAUGUGGCCUCAGGAGUCGACAGGACGGGAUUACGGGCCCCUGCUGCAGCGACUGGAGGCUGCUGUCGAGAAGGUGCGAGUGCUGGGCUCCUGCAGGCAGCCCUCGCUCGAACACGUCGUCAACUACACCAGCAACGCGGCGCUGGGACCUCGAGACGAGCUGACGACGUUCGUGAGGAAGGAGCUGGCGUUUGCUCUGAAAGACUUGUUGUCGCACGGCCUCUUCUCGCCGUCCCAGACCGUGAGUCUGGUGCUGGCACCCAUCUCCUGCCUGCUGCCUUACAGACCCUCCCCACAGACCAUGCACCCGUGGGAACUCUUUGUUAAGUACUACCAAUCCAAAAACGGGAAGGCCUUUGUGGAAUCACCGGCCCGCCAGCUUUCACAGUCCUUCAGCUUGCCUGUAGGGGGCGGCCCGGUCACCGUCACCCCUAAACAGUCUCUGCUGUGGGCCAUUCACACUGUGCUGAAGGAGCACGGACGCUACAAACGAGGACCGGACACGGAGUUCAAAGCGCUGGUGUGCAUGGCUCUGAACGAGCAGCGCCUGGUGUCGUGGCUCAACCUGCUGUGCAAGUCCGGGACCCUGAUACACCCGCACUACCAGUCCUGGAGCUACAUGGCUCAGACCGGCUUCGAAGGAGCCCUGCGAAUCCUCGGGCGCAUCAGCCACCUCAAAUUCAACCUCCCAGUGGACCUGGCUGUUCGGCAGCUGAAGAACAUAAAAGACGCUUUCUGAGGAGGGCGACGAACCCGCGAAGAGUCGAGAAACAUCGAGUGUUCUAUCAGCUAAACGACACUGUUCUUACCUGGCAUUCAGGACACCGAGCAUGACUUUGUGCUUCAAGUAUUCAACCUUAUUAAAGGUUAUUAAAGUAGCCACCCAUCUAAAGUAAAGUGCAAGUGUGUGACGUCUUACAGUACAUGCAUGGACGAUUAUGUCAUUCACCAUAAUCUUGCGUAUCCCACGAUGUUUCAGAUGCCAAAAUGUCACGACGACGACGCUCCUUGUACUGUAAACACGCCUUAGAUUGAGAUUACCUCAUCUUUAGUGAAGCCUUCCUGACCUUUGCGACCUGUGCCCCCCCCUCCAUCUACGUGAUAGUGGCCUAACCUAUGCAGCAAAGAGAGGCUGGACUCGUACAGUAAUCAGUACUGUAACGUCGCCGCGAGCUUCUCUUCUUCUACCGUGGCUUCGACACGGUAACCCGAGAGCUCGCGGUGUCAUCGGCGGUCCUCGUUGGUGCUUGUACCGCUCCCAUCGUAGCAGGGUUGGUUGAUCAGCAGCACUCAGGUCAACUCUGACGGUUUCCAUCGUGAUGCACGGAGCCAAAGCUGAAGUUUUGUGUGACAUCAUGUGGCUGUUACGUGCUCGCGACUCCAUUCCAAGCUGUUAUCCUGCAUGUUUUUCUUCAGGUGUGCGAAGGAUCAGACCCUGUAUGAACUGCUGCUUUUUCUCUUAUCCCAGGUGUAGUCACACUGAUAUCGUAUGAUAGAGAUUUAUUUAAUGAUCUCAUGUGUAACACUAAAGUUUAUUUCUUCAGAGAAGUUUGUUUUUAUCUUCCCGAGACAGACGAGUUGCACGUGUGAUGAAUGUACAAACCAUAGUUGCUAUUAAACGGAGGUUACUUUCUAUCCUGUAGCUGUUUGUCUGCUCAGUGUUCAGCGUCACGUGGACGCGUCAAACCUCUGCGAGACGGCGUGCUCAUGAGCGACAGAUCUGAGAUGAUUCCAGGACGGUGCACUUUGUGACACGUGUGCACAUUUUAUCGUUUGUUUUACGUGCUCUGUUCACGUGACGUGUCGUAAAUAU